UUGAAACCUCUGUUCUGCUUUUGCCUCUCUCUCGUCGCCUGCACUGCCGGCGCUCAAAGUAAAGUUUCAGUUUUGUUUACGAAGAAUUGAAGCAAAAAAAUGGGGAAGAAAAACAAAAAACCUGGGAAAGGCAAAGAAAAAACGGAGAGAAAAACAGCCAAAGCUGAAGAAAAGAAAGCGCGCAGGGAGUCCAAGAAACUCUCUCCUGAAGAUGAUAUUGACGCCAUUCUUUUGAGUAUUCAGAAAGAGGAAGCUAAGAAGAAAGAGGUCCAUAUCGAAGAAAAUGUUCCCGCACCAUCUCGCCGAUCUAACUGUACACUCAACAUAAAUCCAUUGAAAGAGACAGAGUUAAUACUUUAUGGAGGUGAAUUUUACAAUGGCAAUAAGACAUUUGUGUACGGUGAUCUUUAUCGGUAUGAUGUGGAGAAGCAGGAGUGGAAGUUGAUUUCGAGCCCCAACAGUCCCCCUCCUCGCAGUGCUCAUCAGGCAGUUGCCUGGAAAAAUUAUCUCUACAUCUUUGGUGGUGAGUUUACAUCCCCAAAUCAAGAACGGUUCCAUCACUAUAAGGACUUUUGGAUGUUGGACCUGAAGACAAAUCAAUGGGAACAACUGAAUCUGAAGGGGUGUCCUAGUCCACGGUCAGGUCAUCGAAUGGUUUUAUACAAGCACAAGAUUUUUGUUUUUGGUGGCUUCUAUGACACUCUUAGGGAAGUAAGGUAUUACAAUGAUUUACAUGUCUUUGACCUUGACCAAUUCAAGUGGCAAGAAAUCAAGCCUAAGCUUGGUUCCAUGUGGCCGAGUGCCAGGAGUGGCUUUCAGUUUUUUGUCUAUCAGGAUGAGAUAUUUUUAUAUGGUGGCUAUUCCAAAGAAGUUGUAUCUGACAAGAAUGAUUCUGAGAAAGGAAUUGUUCACUCAGACUUGUGGUCCCUUGAUCCUAAGACUUGGGAAUGGAACAAGGUGAAGAAAAGUGGGAUGCCUCCUGGGCCUCGUGCUGGGUUUUCCAUGUGUGUUCAUAAGAAGCGUGCUGUGCUAUUUGGCGGUGUUGUAGAUAUGGAAAGGGAAGGUGAUGUUUUAAUGAGCUUAUUCUUGAAUGAACUUUAUGGCUUCCAAUUAGACAAUCAUCGAUGGUAUCCCUUGGAGCUAAGGAAAGAGAAGUCAACAAAAGGCAAGCAGUUAAAGAAGAGUUCUGAGCAGAAGCCUAAUGGGUCGGAUCUUGGUGAUAAAAUAAAUCCAAUUGAAUUAGAAGACUGUGCUGCAAUUGACAAGAAUGAGAACCAUGAAGAAGCAACAGAUGAAAUAGAAANAUAA